GAGCCGUAAAGUUUGGCUGUGGCGGCAAAUGGGCUUGGGCGGCUCCUCGGCGUGUGGCGGUGGUGACCGUAGUGCUUCCUCCUGGCCCUGUUAAUGUCGGGGCCAGGCCCGGGAAGGAUGGCGCCCUAGAGCCCAGCCUUGGAGGGGUAGGGGCGGGAGGGGACGGGGUGGGGACCGGCCAUGUCGGAGGUGACCCGGAGUCUGCUGCAGCGCUGGGGCGCCAGUUUUAGAAGAGGCGCCGACUUCGACUCUUGGGGCCAGCUGGUGGAGGCGAUAGACGAAUAUCAGAUAUUAGCAAGACAUCUCCAAAAAGAGGCUCAAGCUCAACACAAUAAUUCUGAAUUCACAGAAGAACAAAAGAAAACCAUAGGCAAAAUUGCAACAUGCUUGGAAUUACGAAGUGCAGCUUUACAGUCCACACAGUCCCAAGAAGAAUUUAAACUAGAGGAUCUGAAGAAGCUAGAACCAAUCCUAAAGAAUAUUCUUACAUAUAAUAAAGAAUUCCCUUUUGAUGUUCAGCCUGUCCCAUUAAGAAGAAUUUUAGCACCUGGUGAAGAAGAGAAUUUGGAAUUUGAAGAAGAUGAAGAAGAGGGUGGUGCUGGAGCAGGGUCUCCUGAUUCUUUUCCUGCUAGAGUUCCUGGUACUUUAUUACCACGGUUGCCAUCAGAACCAGGAAUGACGUUACUCACAAUCAGGAUUGAGAAAAUUGGUCUCAAAGAUGCUGGGCAGUGCAUCGACCCCUACAUCACAGUUAGCGUAAAGGAUCUGAAUGGCAUAGACUUAACUCCUGUGCAGGAUACUCCUGUGGCUUCAAGAAAAGAAGACACAUAUGUUCAUUUUAAUGUGGACAUUGAGCUGCAGAAGCAUGUUGAAAAAUUAACCAAAGGUGCAGCUAUCUUCUUUGAAUUUAAACACUACAAGCCUAAAAAAAGGUUUACCAGCACCAAGUGUUUUGCUUUCAUGGAGAUGGAUGAAAUUAAACCUGGGCCAAUUGUAAUAGAACUAUACAAGAAACCCACUGACUUUAAAAGAAAGAAAUUGCAGCUAUUGACCAAGAAACCACUUUAUCUUCAUCUACAUCAAACUUUGCACAAGGAAUGAUCCUGACAUGAGUAGCCUGGAACUUCUGUGAAUUUUACCACUCAGUAGAAACCACCAUAGCUCUGUGUAGCGUAUUCACCCUUCCACAGGCCGGAAGCGAGCCGUGCCCAUGCCAGCAGGCCAGAGUGAGUCCGUUCAUUGCACCGCUGUGCCGCAGAAUUUCAAGUCCAGCACAUCACUGACGUGUAAGGCUCCUUUGGAUAUUGUAGAUUUGGAAAAUGUUCUUACUUCUCUAUUAAUUGUGCAAUUAAUAGUCUAUUUUCUAAUUUACCACUAUUCCUACCCUGCUUCCUGGAACAGCACUUACGGGUAGGACAUGCUCAUCUUCAGACUUAAUACAGCAAUAAGAAUGUGCUAGAGUUUACACAUCUGUUCACUUCUGUGCCAACACGCUCUUUAGGUUUCCGAGUUACCGUCAGACUCUGGGUUGCUGUGGGUAGGAUAGUAUGAAACUGCUUCGAGAGGAACUCAUUGGACCACUUUUGCUGUCGAAGGAGGAAAUGGAUUGGCUGCUCGUCAGAGGUGGCUUCAGGUCAUCCUGACGCUAGUUUCCCUCCUUCGUAGUAGUGUGCCUUGGCCAGAUCAGGAUCCCGUGGGGAGUGUGCCCCAAACUGCAGCAGCGAUUUUCCAGGUGACCGGGUUGUUUUUUUGAAAAGUGAGCAUAGUUUUAGUCGUGUUGAUUAGCUGUUCUCCAUCACAUUGUUAUUCUUCCUGAUAAUGAUUCAAGGCUUCACGUAGGAAUCAUCUCCUCAUAAUUACACAUUUCUGUGAGUAUUCAGCUACCAUGAGGUAGCCGCCAGGUUGUCUGUAGUGUCUUCUGAAUCAUACAAUCUAAGAAUAAUUGAGUCAGAUGCUAUGAGAUAUUGCAGGAAUCACUGCUGUUUUUCUGACAACUGAUUGUGAAACCUUAAAAACCUGCAUAUCUCUUCUUACAGUGAUGAGUAUGCAAAUCUGGAAAGAUACUCUUUUUUUUUUUUUCUUUUUUAAUAUAUAGGUAGAUAGGCCUGCCAUUUAUUUUCUAUUUAGAUAUACU